AUUAAUGCGCUUCCUCUUCAUGUGCAAGUAUCAUAGGAUUACCUAGGUAACUAGUUAACAUGUCAAUCAGUCGCUGGCCAAUCGGUAGAUCCAUCGGGAAUCAAUCGAGCAAUUCCUCUCCACCAGAGCGCCCUAACCUCGGUGCACUAGAUGUAUCUCUACGCACCGUUGAUCGCACAAAGUUUGAUACGAUGGUCGUAUUCGAUACGUCUCCGCUUCUGCCAAGGAAUAUACCCCAGAAAACAACAGGUUCCCCGCGAUUUAGACGUCAACAUUAAGCUCAUCAAGAACCUCGCGAGACUUUUACCCGAACCGCCCGUUGACGAUCGAUGGGGCUAGCAGGGGGAACAGGGAUACGAUCGCGAUAUCUCUCACCGAGUAUCUAACUGUUGCAUCCAAUAUAAAUAAACAGAGUGGCAAUGUAUUCAGAGACAUUUAUCCACGGACAAACGCCUCUUGUUCAGCAGACGAGCCAGUGCGCCAGCAUGUCGGUCUCAAUUGCAUCGCUUUCUUUUGAACACCACCGCCCCGCGUUUGGUAUUGCGGAGACAGAGCCUCGCAUCUCUUGGAGAUUCGAAGGGACCGCCACCAACUGGGAGCAAACAAGCUAUGACGUCGAAAUAUCUCGUGGAGCAGACGGCGUCCCAAACGUUUUCAAUGUCAAUAGCACAGACUCGAUAUUAGUCCCAUGGCCGGAUAAGCCCUUGGGCAGCGCAGAAUCUGCGACCGUCAGAGCUAGAGCCCAUGGAGGUCAAGGCCAGGAAUCAACAGAAUGGUCAGACGUCUUCACAGUGGAGACGGGACUUCUAAACCCUGAAGAUUGGGCGGGUGCGAAACCUAUUGCCGCAGAUCGAGAGACAGAAAUCGACGCACCUAAGCAACCCGUCCUCUUCCGGAAAGCCUUUCAAGUCAAUUCCGAAAUCACAUCUGCACGUCUCUACAUCACAGCACUUGGCUUGUACGAGGCCGAGAUAAAUGGCCAACGUGUCGGCGAUCAUGUUUUGGCUCCAGGCUAUAUGUCGUAUCAUCACAGGCAUGUAUACGAUACAUACGAUGUAACUGAACUCGUCAAACCUGGUGAGAACGCAAUAGGUGCAACAGUUGGAGAGGGCUGGUACGCAGGCCGCAUAGGCCUACAGAAAAGGAGGAAUCUCUAUGGAGAUACCCUUGGAUUGAUUUCCUUGCUCGUUGUGACCAAUGCUGACGGGAGCAAACAAACGAUCCCAAGCGACCCAACCUGGCGUGCAGCUACCGGACCUAUCGUAACCUCGGAGAUAUAUAAUGGCGAAUUCUAUAACGCCACGAAUGAGAUCGAAGGAUGGUCGUUGCCAGACUUUGACAGUACUUCCUGGCUGGAUACAAAGGAAUUAUCUCCUCCCGUGGGAAAGAUUGUCGCUCCAGACGGUCCACCAAUUCGUAAACUUGAGUCUGUGAAACCUCAGAAGAUUUUCCUUUCCGACUCUGGGAAAACAGUCAUUGACUUUGGCCAAAAUCUUGUUGGAUGGCUGAAGUUGAAGGUCGAUGGGCCUGAGGGUACCAAUAUUACUCUAGUGCAUACUGAAGUAAUGGAGAAUGGCGAAGUUGCGACGCGACCGCUGCGGACGGCAAAGGCUACAGACACCAUCAUACUUUCCGGCAAGGGCCCAUUGAACUGGGAGCCCAAAUUCACCUUCCACGGAUUUCGCUAUGUGCAAGUUACUGGGUGGCCGAAUGCCACAAAGCUGGAUGGCGAUUCCAUCUCUGCUGUUGUUGUACACUCCGACAUGGAGCGGGUCGGAUAUUUCGAAUGCUCUCACGAACUUCUCAAUAAGUUCCACAAUAAUGUCAUCUGGAGCUUGAAAGGCAAUUUCCUUAGUGUCCCGACAGAUUGCCCACAGAGAGACGAACGAUUAGGAUGGACUGGGGAUGCGCACGCAUUUAUGCCAACUUCGAAUUACUUAUAUGAGACGGCUGGGUUCUGGCGUGGUUGGCUCAAAGAUGCCUGGUCCGAGCAAGCUGAUAGCCCCACAUUCAUUCCUCCUAUUUACAUUCCGGAUGAGAAUACGACCGGGGACAAGAACAUGCUACAGGAACAGUACGCUGGAGCACAGUCUUGGAUAGACAAAGGUAUUCCCCGGAACGAGGCAGGUCUAUGGAACAGAUCUACAUUUCAAUUCGCAGACUGGCUGGAUCCAAAGGCUCCUGCUGACAAGCCUGGUGAUGCCACCACUGACACGCACCUGGUAUCCGAUGCGUACCUUAUCGAAAUGACUAGGCUUCUUUCCAACAUCAGUGCAGCGCUUGGUAAAACAGAGGAAGCGGAGAAAUAUGCUUCUCAGAGAACCGAUCUCAUUUCUGCUUUCAAGAGCGCCUGGGUCGAGCCCUAUGACAGUAUCAUUGCUAACGUGACGCAAACCGCGCUUACGCUUGGAAUUGGUUUUGGCAUCUUUGAUACUGAAGCCCUGCGGACCGAGGCUGCUUCCACUCUUCGAAAAGUCAUCGCCGACAACGACUUCCUAGUCGGCACAGGAUUUGCGGGUACCCAACAACUUGGAUUUACCCUGUCGUCUAUAGAUGCGACCACAGAUUUCUAUAAAAUGCUUCUCCAGACGAAGGUACCGUCAUGGUUAUAUCAGGUCGUGAUGGGCGGCACAACGACCUGGGAGCGAUGGGAUUCUCUCCUAUCAAAUGGCUCGGUGAAUCCAGGGGAAAUGACGAGCUUCAAUCAUUAUGCUUUCGGAAGUGUUGCGGAUUGGAUACAUCAAAAGAUUGGUGGGCUAGCUCCAGCAGAGCCCGGAUGGAAGAAGGUUUUGGUUGCACCGGAGCCCGGAGGAGAUAUCACCCAGGCAAAUUCCAGCUAUUUGAGUGCAUAUGGUUGGACUAAAGCUAGCUGGAACGUUGGCGAGGAUGGGUUUCAUCUAAGCGUCAGUGUGCCGCCAAAUGCGCGCGCAGAGGUCAAAUUGCCUGGCGCAAACGGCACGGUGACGGAAGUAGGAAGUGGCACUCAUCAGUUUACCGUCGAAGGUUUCAAAGUUCUGGGGUAAUGGUUUAUUCUCGGGGUGGACUUUUCUUCGUAAAUUUAUGGUAAUUCAUAGGUAGCUUUCGACAAUACUUGUCAUGGACAGAUAAUCGACAGGCCUGCUCCAGAUCUGACACCCAAUCAGCCUGUCUCAAUCGUCCUGUUCAUUCUUGAUAUGGUGAAGGCAAUAAUUCCUCUUACUUGUAAUUACGAG